AUGUCAUCGCCUACAAAGCAGACGCCCAUCAAGGCGGACCCCAAGUCGGGCACGCCAACUCCCAAGGCUUCCGGCGGCAAGGUGGACAAGAACGCAGCCAAGGAGGCCAAGAAGGCGAGCCGCGCCGCCAAGGUCGCUGCGCGCGGCGCGGUCCCCGACGCCUCGGCCGCCUCGUCGCCCGUGUCCGGCGCUGGCGCGAGCGCCGCCGCCGGGUCGCCCGCUGCGUCCGCUGGUCCCUCCGCCGCCGGAGCUGGCCCCUCAAACAGCCAGGGGCAGCAGCACUCUGGGCCCUCGCGACACCGUCGCGCGCUCGCUGCCGAGGCGGCCGCUGCUUCCGCUGCCGCGCCCGCGCCCAACGCCGCGUCGACCUUCUUCUCGCACCUCCCCGGCCCGCGCGACCCCGACACGCCUGCCGCGCUCGCGUCGGAAAAGCUCCACCCGACAAUCGUGCGCCUCGGCGUGCUCAUCGCGGCCGGCACGCUGCGCGGCGCGUCGGCACGGACCGUCGGCGUGCUCGAGGCGUUCCGCGAGGUCGUGCACGACUACCAGUGCCCCGAGACGGGCGUGUUCUGGAAGGACCUCAACUCGCACAUCUCCCCCAUGAUCGCGUACCUCGAGACGUGCCGCCCCAAGGGUGUGGGUGUUGGCAACGCGAUCAGGUGGUUCAAGGGCGAGAUUACGCGGCUCGGCGAGGAGGACGCCGAGGCGCCCGGCGCCGGCGCCGGCGGCAGCGGGCUCGACGAGGCGGCGCAGAAGGCGGCGCUGAUCGACGCGAUUGGCAUCUACCUCCGCGACCGGAUCGAGGUCGCCGGCCAGGUGAUUGCCGACAACGCGCGCGAGAAGAUCAAGGCGGACGACACGGUCGUCGUGUACGCGCGCAGCUCGGUCGUCGAGCUCACGCUCCUCGAGGCGUGGCGCGACCUGCAGGCGCGCAGCCCGCCGCAGAGCUUCAACGUCGUGGUGAUCGACUCGCGGCCACUGCACGAGGGCCGCGCGCUGCUCGCCGCGCUGACGGCCGCCGGCAUCCCGUGCACGUACACGCUGCUGCCGCUCGCGUCGACGGCGCUCUCCCGCGCCGACCUCGUGCUGCUUGGCGCGUCGAGCCUCAACUCUGACGGCGCGCUGCACUCGCGCGCGGGCACGGCCGUCGUCGCGAUGCUCGCAAAGGAACACCGCGUGCCCGUCGUCGCGUGCGUCGAGACGUUCAAGCUCAGCGAGCGCGUCCAGCUCGACGACCUCGCCUCCAACGAGCUCGGCGCGGCCGCCGACCUGCUGUCCAUCCCCACCGCGCACGGCCUCGAGCUCGCAAAGCCCCUGCCCAAGCAGCUGGCCACGCUCAGCCUCCUCUACGACCUCACCCCGCCCCAGCACAUCACGGCUGUGUGUACCGAGGUGGGCUUUAUUCCGCCUAGCUCGGUGCCCACGCUGCUGGGCAAGUCGAACGGUGCGGCGUAG